UGGCUCUCCGGCGAGGCGAGGCUGCUAUACACGCUCCCGGCCGGGCGGGAGGCUCGUAGACGCUCCCUGCUCGGCCCGGGCUCCUUGACCCUGCCGCAGGAGCCGGCGCACAAGGAGCCGCCGAGCACGGGCCGCUCCGCGCGGGGUUCAGGCGCUGCAGUGGCCAGUCUGGCCCUUGGAAGAAGCCGAGCGCCGAGCGCCGCCGCCUCCGACGCCACUACUGCGUUGCUCCAGGUCCGGCCUCCCCGCCAGUCCGGCGGGGGGGCCAAGCCCCAGCCGCGCUUGGGAGAGUAGGAUGGGCGAGGAAGGCGGCGGGGCGACUCGCCGGCGAAGCUGCAGCAGGAUGGAGUUGAAUAGCAACAAUAUGUUGACUAAGGAGCCAGAGUGAAUAGCACCAGAAUUUUGAUUGUUACCUGCCUGGACUAUGAACUGAGACAUUGGCGUGGACUUUUCAAACCUUUUCCAGUUGACUCCAGAGCUGGUUGAACAGCCAUGGCAUUUUUUACUCCAUGGAAGUUGUCCUCUCAGAAACUUGGCUUUUUUCUGGUGACCUUUGGCUUCAUUUGGGGAAUGAUGCUGCUGCAUUUUACAAUCCAACAGAAGACUCAGCACGAAAGCAGUUCGGUGCUUCGUGAACAAAUACUGGACCUCAGCAAAAGAUACAUAAAAGCACUGGCGGAAGAGAAUAGGAACGUGGUGGAUGGACCAUAUGUUGGUACGAUGACUGCGUAUGAUCUGAAGAAAACUCUUGCCGUCCUCCUAGACAACAUCCUGCAACGCAUUGGGAAGCUUGAGUCUAAAGUGGAGAACCUUGUAAUCAAUGGCACAGGUGCAAACUCCACAAAUAGUACCUCCACUGCUACUCCCAGUUCAGGAGCAGCUGAAAAACUCAAUGUUGCAGAUCUCAUUAAUGGAGCCCAGGAACAGUGUGAAUUGCCUCCCAUGGAUGGCUUCCCCCACUGUGAGGGCAAAAUAAAAUGGAUGAAAGAUAUGUGGCGAUCUGAUCCUUGUUACGCAAGUUACGGUGUGGAUGGAUCCACAUGCUCCUUCUUUAUUUACCUCAGUGAGGUUGAAAACUGGUGUCCUCGUUUACCCUGGAGAGCGAAAAAUCCUAAUGAAGAAACUGAUCAAAAGACGAUGGCCGAAAUCAGAACGAAUUUUGAAUUGCUAUACAAAAUGAUGUCCAGGCACGAAGAGUUCCGGUGGAUGAUGCUACGAAUAAGAAGGAUGGCAGACACUUGGAUAGAGGCAAUUAAAUCACUUGCUGAAAAACAAAACCUGGAGAGGAGAAAACGAAAAAAAGUCCUUGUUCAUCUGGGACUCCUCACAAAAGAAUCUGGAUUCAAGAUUGCAGAAAAUGCCUUUAGUGGUGGCCCACUUGGUGAAUUAGUCCAGUGGAGUGAUUUAAUUACAUCUCUCUAUUUACUGGGCCAUGACAUUAGGAUUUCAGCUUCAUUGGCAGAGCUCAAGGAGAUUAUGAAGAAGGUUGUUGGUAAUAGAUCUGGCUGCCCAACUCAAGGGGAUAAAGUAGUGGAACUAAUUUACAUUGACAUUGUUGGACUCACUCAGUUCAAGAAAACCCUUGGACCAUCCUGGGUUCACUAUCAGUGCAUGUUACGAGUGCUAGAUUCAUUUGGGACUGAACCAGAGUUUAACCAUGCUCAUUAUGCCCAAUCUAAAGGCCACAAAACUCCAUGGGGAAAAUGGAACCUUAACCCACAACAAUUCUACACAAUGUUUCCUCACACUCCAGACAAUAGUUUCCUUGGUUUUGUUGUGGAACAAUAUUUGAAUUCCAGUGACAUCAAGCACUUCAACGUAAUUAAAAGGCAGGACCAGUCGCUUGUCUAUGGCAAAGUUGAUAACUUCUGGAAGGAUAAGAAAGCUUAUUUGGAUGUCAUUCAUACCUAUACAGAAGUUCAUGGAACUGUCCACGGGACUAGUACUGUCUACAUGCCCAGCUAUGUUAAAAACCAUGGCAUCCUCAGUGGCCGGGAUUUGCAGUUCCUGCUGAGAGGGACAAAGCUCUUUGUUGGUCUUGGCUUUCCAUAUGAGGGACCUGCCCCUCUAGAGGCCAUUGCAAAUGGAUGUGCAUUUCUGAAUCCAAAAUUUAAUCCACCCAAAAGCAGCAAAAACACAGAUUUCUUCAAAGGCAAGCCAACACUCCGAGAGUUGACAUCUCAACACCCCUAUGCUGAAGUUUACAUCGGGAAGCCUCAUGUUUGGACUGUAAACAUCAAUGACCUCUCUGAAGUUGAGAAGGCAGUGAAAGCAAUUUUGAAUCAAAAGAUUGAACCUUACCUGCCCUUUGAAUUCACAUGUGAGGGGAUGCUCCAGAGAAUGAAUGUUUUCAUAGAGAAACAGGAUUUCUGCCACGGGCAAGUGAUGUGGCCCCCAUUAAGUGCCCUUCAGGUUAAAAUUGCUGGGUCUGGGAAAUCAUGUAAGCAGGUUUGUCAAGAAAAUCAGCUCAUCUGUGAGCCAUCCUUUUUCCAGCACCUGAACAAGGACAAAGACCUCUUGAAAUACAACAUUGAAUGUCAUACAGCUGAGUCUGCAAAUGAUAUUGUGGUUCCAUCUUUUGAUGAAAAGAGAAAACACUGUGUCUUCCAGGGUGAUCUCUUGUUGUUCAGCUGUGCAGGAUCUCAUCCAAGCCACAAAAGAAUCUGCCCUUGCAGAGACUACCUUAAAGGACAAGUUGCACUUUGUAAAGACUGUCUAUAGCAGCAGCUCACUUGACUUGAUGAAGGGACAAAAGAGCCAGUGGCUUAGUGAGAGCUGCUGCCAUUUCUUGCACUUUGCUACUGCAGGCAGAACAAUUGCUGAAGAGAAAAAUCUGUACCACGAUGGAACAGAAAAGCGAUUUUAAAAAAUCUCAAAUGAUUUAUAUUUUUUUUCCUAAGCAAGCAAUUCCAGUGACACAGAAAUCUCCUUAAUUUACUUAAGGAGGUAAAAAACAAAGUUCAGCAUUUUGUAAGGGUAAAUUAAGAGUGUGGGUUUCUUUUACCAACAACUCCUCAUGAUCAACAACUUUUCUGAAUAUUAUUUCCAGUACAAAGAAACAGACCUGGAAGAGAUUGGUCAGUACAGGAAAGACUACCGGUAACACAAUCCUGGGUACAUUGUUUAUAGGGGGCUUCUGAAUCCUGAAUGGCUGGUGAACAUGGAACUACAACGGAACACAGCGACAGAAUAUCUAUUGGUUUUUAUCUCAUCUGACACAUUCUGCAAAUUCACAGCCGUGUGGUGGUCUCCACAUAGCUAAGCAAGUAACACCAUUAACUGGUGGCUUCCUGAGUCGCAGAUACUUUUGGUUUGAUAAUGGAUUAUGAUUGUGCCAUUCAUCGGGGCUUCUAAGCCACAUAAGCGUAAUAUUUAAAAUGUAUGGUCUUGUCUAGAAUUAUGAGUGUACCCUUCUUUCCCAGUCCCACGAAGUUUUGUUGUAGGGUGGUGACUAGACAUACUGUUAGAUCACUGAAAAUAAAAUGGUGCCAUUGGAGCAAUAUUUUCCUCGGUAUAAGGUGGAGAAACAGUGACUGAAAGUUGAAAAUAGAAGUGAGGCAGUCAAAUCGUGCUGGUCUGUCUUUGACAGCUUGGGGAGAUUUUACAAGCUUUUAUAGGAUGGACGGACAGACAUGAACAAAACAAUGACUAUAAGCAAGUGAGACCUCUUCCUGAAGUCCUUAAUUAAAAGUAGGUGUGCUGCAGCAGGUUGGUAGUGUUACAAUUUGAAAUUAAUCCAGAGAAUUGAACUCAGAUUUGUUUGUAGAUCAGCUUUUCCUUUUUUUUUUAAAAGGAAAAAGGGGUUGUGUUUUGCAGCACAGCUGACAUCUUUAAAAGCACUGUUUGUGGAAGGCAUUGGAUAGAAAGACAUUGGAUAGAAAAUGGAUGCUUCCUCACUUUGAAGCUAAAAGCUACCACAGGUUGGCAAGAAAAAACUUGGACCAUUUUCAAUAUUAUAUGAGAGUACGAUACUUCAGUUAUUUGCUUCUUUCCCCUCUACCCUAAAUAUUACUUACUAUUUCUACUGGUGGGAUAAUUCACUCCUUUCUGUUCUUUUGUAAUGUAACUUAAUUCAUUAUUUGGCAUUCACUGUUUAUUGUGGGAAGCACUCAAGUAUCUUUUGACAUACCAAAGACCAUAAGGGAAAACACCUCUCUCAAAUCAUUGAGAUAAGAGAGUCUUUCUUUCUUUCUUUUUUAAAGAACUAUUUCAUAUCAGCAGGGCAUAGCUCCAGAAAUGUUUGACAAGACUAACAACUUUUAAUUGUAUGUGCAUAGGAUUAAAAAUUAGCAGUGGCUGGCCCAAAUUCCAGUAACUUGUGACUGGCUUUUGUGUGAUGUCUUGGACUUCUGUAAUAGUUAACACUUGGAAUCUAGCCUUGUGUGUUAAGUUACCAAGCAGUUUCUGCCCCACACUUGUAAGUACAUGGGAGCCCAUCCCUCCUUCCUUCCUUUAAAAAAUUAUCACUCUUCAACUUUGAUACCCUUGUUGGUGAUUGACUUUUUUAUUCUAAUGUGUUCUUUAUGAGGCCAGACCGUCAUCAAACUAGACCUGGCAAUAAACAAAGUACUACCAAUUGCUGCUGCAGCAAAAAUGUUUGAGAAUAUAUGUGCUGUAAAUGCAUUUUAGCACAUUCAGAUUAGUUUGGCUUUAGUAACGGGGCCAGUUCCAAUCUAAUAUUUCUUCUCCAGAGAAGAAUGUA